CUCUGUGUGCUGUGUCUGCUUUCUCUGGGUGGUACUAUAAUGGGUCUAGAGGGAGGAGCAUCAGCAUUAACAGGAGACUUGCUGUAAAAAGCUAAUUCAUGGAUCCUUUUCAAACCUGCAGAAUUUUGUUACUUACAGUGAGGCCUAGAAUAUCAAAUAACGUGUAUGUACAAUGAAGCUUGAGAGGCAGUGCUUAGCUAAGUGACUCUCAGUCCAGUCUUCCAGUAGGAUCACACGGACAGUUUGAAGAGAAACCAUCAGCUGUGCCCUCCCCACAGAUCCUGUCUGUUGUUCUGGGUGAAAAGUCCUUAUUAUUUUUUUUGUUGUUGUUGUCCCAGAUUUAUUGAGAAUAAUACAGCACUACAGAAAAAAUUCAAACAGGUCCCCGAGGCGUUUUGAAAUUCAUCCCAACUGUAGGCUGAGUGACCUGAAGGUUGCACAGACUGCCGAAGUCCAAAAGCUUCAGCAUUUCCUUAGUGUCAGGAUCUACUUCAAUUAUCUCCUGAUCCAAGGCUGAGACCUUAUUUUUUAAAAUCAGUUCCUUGCAUGAUUAAAAAAGUAUUUAAAAAGUUCCUUGCAUGAUUAAAAAAGUCCUUAUUUUUUAAAAUCAGUUCCUUUCAUGAUUCUACAGUGAGGCCAGGGUCAAGCAUGAGGGCUUCCAGAUACUUUACUGAAAGGAACUCUUAACAUUCAGGGAUGUGGCCAUAGAAUUCUCUCCAGAAGAGUGGAAAUGCCUGGACCCUGCCCAGCAGAAUUUGUAUAGAGAUGUGAUGUUGGAGAACUACAGGAACCUGGUCUCCCUGGGUGUUGCUAUCUCUAACCCAGACCUAGUCACCUGUCUGGAGCAAAGAAAAGAGCCCUACAAUGUGAAGAUACAUAAGAUCGUAGCCAGACCCCCAGCUAUGUGUUCUCAUUUCACCCAAGACUUUUUGCCAGUGCAGGAGAUAGAAGAUUCAUUCCACAAACUUAUACUGAGAAGAUAUGAGAAAUAUAGGCAUGAUAAUUUACAAUUAAGGAAAGACUGUAAAAGUAUGAGUGUGUGUACAGUGCAGAAAGGAGUUUAUAGUGGAAUUAAUCAAUGCUUGUCAAAUACUCAGAGCAAAAUAUUUCAAUGUAAUGCACAUGUCACAGUUUUUAGUAAAUUUGCAAAUUCAAACAAAGAUAAGACAAGACAUACUGGAGAGAAACACUUUAAAUGUAAUGAAUGUGGCAAGUCAUUUCAGAAGUUCUCAGACCUAACUCAACAUAAAGGAAUUCAUGCUGGAGAGAAACCCUACACUUGUGAAGAACGUGGCAAAGACUUUGGAUGGUACACAGACCUGAAUCAACACAAAACAAUUCAUACUGGAGAGAAACGUUACAAAUGUGAAGAGUGUGGCAAAGCCUUUAAUAGGUCAACAAACCUUACUGCACAUAAGAGAAUUCACACCAGAGAGAAAUCCUACACAGGUGAAGAUCGUGACAGAGCCUUUGGAUGGUCCACAAACCUGAAUGAAUAUAAGAAAAUUCAUACUGGAGAUAAACCCUACAAAUGUGAAGAAUGUGGGAAAGCCUUUAUACAUUCCUCACACCUGAAUAAACAUGAGAAAAUUCAUACUAGAGAGAAGCCAUACAAAUGUAAGGAAUGUGGCAAAGUCAUUACCUCAUCCUCAAGCUUUGCUAAACAUAAGAGGAUUCAUACAGGCGAGAAACCCUUUAAAUGUUUAGAAUGUGGUAAAGCCUUUAAUAUUUCCACAACCCUUACUAAACAUAGGAGAAUUCAUACUGGAGAGAAACCCUACACAUGUGAAGUAUGUGGCAAAGCCUUCAGACAGUCUGCAAACCUUUAUGUACAUAGGAGAAUUCAUACUGGAGAGAAACCCUACACAUGUGAAGAAUGUGGUAAAACCUUUAGACAGUCCGCAAACCUUUACGUACAUAGGAGAAUUCAUACUGGAGAGAAACCUUACAAAUGCGAAGACUGUGGCAAAGCCUUUGGACGGUACACAGCCCUGAAUCAACACAAGAAAUUUCAUACUGGAGAGAAACCUUACAAAUGUGAAGAGUGUGGCAAAGCCUUUAAUAGUUCAAAAAGCCUUACUGCACAUAAGAGAAUUCACACCAGAGAGAAACCCUACACAGGUGAAGAUCGUGACAGAGCCUUUGGAUGGUCCACAAACCUGAAUGAAUAUAAGAAAAUUCAUACUGGAGAUAAACCCUACAAAUGUGAAGAAUGUGGGAAAGCCUUUUUACAUUCCUCACACCUGAAUAAACAUGAGAAAAUUCAUACUGGAAAGAAACCCUACAAAUGUAAGCAAUGUGGCAAAGUCAUUACCUCAUCCUCAAGCUUUGCUAAACAUAAGAGGAUUCAUACUGGCGAGAAACCCUUUGAAUGUUUAGAAUGUGGUAAAGCGUUUACUAGUUCCACAACCCUUACUAAACAUAGGAGAAUUCAUACUGGAGAGAAACCCUACACAUGUGAAGUAUGUGGCAAAGCCUUUAGACGGUCCACAAUCCUUUAUGUACAUAGGAGAAUUCAUACUGGAGAGAAACCCUACACAUGUGAAGAAUGUGGUAAAACCUUUAGACAGUCCGCAAACCUUUACGUACAUAGGAGAAUUCAUACUGGAGAGAAACCUUACAAAUGCGAAGACUGUGGCAAAGCCUUUGGACGGUACACAGCCCUGAAUCAACACAAGAAAUUUCAUACUGGAGAGAAACCUUACAAAUGUGAAGAGUGUGGCAAAGCCUUUAAUAGUUCAAAAAGCCUUACUGCACAUAAGAGAAUUCACACCAGAGAGAAACCCUACACAGGUGAAGAUCGUGACAGAGCCUUUGGAUGGUCCACAAACCUGAAUGAAUAUAAGAAAAUUCAUACUGGAGAUAAACCCUACAAAUGUGAAGAAUGUGGGAAAGCCUUUUUACAUUCCUCACACCUGAAUAAACAUGAGAAAAUUCAUACUGGAAAGAAACCCUACAAAUGUAAGCAAUGUGGCAAAGUCAUUACCUCAUCCUCAAGCUUUGCUAAACAUAAGAGGAUUCAUACUGGCGAGAAACCCUUUGAAUGUUUAGAAUGUGGUAAAGCGUUUACUAGUUCCACAACCCUUACUAAACAUAGGAGAAUUCAUACUGGAGAGAAACCCUACACAUGUGAAGUAUGUGGCAAAGCCUUUAGACGGUCCACAAUCCUUUAUGUACAUAGGAGAAUUCAUACUGGAGAGAAACCCUACACAUGUGAAGAAUGUGGUAAAACCUUUAGACAGUCCGCAAACCUUUAUGUACAUAGGAGAAUUCAUACUGGAGAGAAACCUUACAAAUGUGAAGACUGUGGCAAAGCCUUUGGACGGUACACAGCCCUGAAUCAACACAAGAAAAUUCAUACUGGAGAGAAACCUUACAAAUGUGAAGAGUAUGGCAAAGCCUUUAGUAGGUCAAGAAACCUUACUACACAUAGGAGAGUUCACACCAGAGAGAAACCCUACAAAUGUGAAGAUCAUGGCAGAGCCUUUGGAUGGUCCACAAACCUGAAUGAAUAUAAGAAAAUUCAUACUGGAGAUAAACUCUACACAUGUAAAGAAUGUGGGAAAGUGUUUAAACAGUCCUCACACCUGAAUAGACAUGAGAAAAUUCAUACUGGAAAGAAACCCUACAAAUGUAAGGAAUGUGGCAAAGUCAUUACCUCAUCCUCAAGCUUUGCUAAACAUAAGAGGAUUCAUACAGGCGAGAAACCCUUUAAAUGUUUAGAAUGUGGUAAAGCGUUUACUAGUUCCACAACCCUUACUAAACAUAAGAGAAUUCAUACUGGAGAGAAACCCUACACAUGCGAAGAAUGUGGCAAAGCCUUUAGACAGUCUGGAAACCUUUAUGUACAUAGGAGAAUUCACACUGGAGAGAAACCCUACACAUGUGGAGAAUGUGGCAAAACCUUUAGACAGACUGCAAAUCUUUAUGCACAUAAGAAAAUUCAUACUGGAGAGAAACCCUACACGUGUGGAGAAUGUGGCAAAACCUUUAGACAGUCUGCAACUCUUUAUACACAUAAGAAAAUUCAUACUGGAGGUAAAACCAUACAAGUGUAAAGAAUGUGGCAAAGCCUUUAAGUCAUACUCCAGCAUUCUUAAACAUAAGAGAACUCAUACCAAGGAAUGUCUUACGAAGGUGAAGAAUGUGGCAGUCUUUAAAUGCUCCUUGAUCCUUUCUAAUCAUAAGAUAAUUCAUAAUGGAGAGAAACUACAAAUGUGAAAAAUGUGAGAAAGCUUUUAACCACACCUCAAUCUGUUGUAGACAUAAGAGUAAUUAUAUUGAUGAGAAGCCAAAUUAAAAUUGAAAAUGUGGCAAAGACUUCCAAUUCUAGUCACUUCUUAGUGUAUGUAAUUCCUACUGAAGAAAACACCUGGAAAUACAAAAAAUGUGGCAAAACUUGUAACCAAUGAUUAGUAUUUUUGCACAUGAUAGUAUUAUAUGUGAGAAUACUUGUACAAAUAUAAAAAUAUACAAAAGCUAUUAAUGUCUACUUGAAAUUUAUAGUUAAUAAAAGCAUUAUAAAUGUAAUUUCUGUUGAAAGACCUUUUAGAAAAUAUAGGCCAUUAAAGUGAAGAAGAGUAGUCUUAAGACAGAAUACAAAGAUAAAGAGGGCUCUAGUAUCUGUACUUGUAUCCCAGAACUUACUAUAUACAUUUUGUACUAGAGGAAAACUCUGAAGCAGUUGCUUAAACUUUGUUCAACAUCAGAGAAUUUAUAUUGGAGAGAAAUCCUACAAAUGUAAUAAAUGUGGAAAAACCUCUGUCCAGAAACUGCAGGUUAAGAAACAGCAGAGGCCAGGCGCAGUGGCUCACACCUGUAAUCCCAACACUUUGGGAAGUCAAGGAGGGUGGAUCACCUGAGGUCGGGAGUUUGAGGACAGCCUGACCAAUAUGGAGAAACCCCGUCUCUACUAAAAAUACAAAAAUUAGCAGGACAUGGUGGUGCAUGGCUGUAAUCCCAGCUACUCAGGAGGCUGAGACAGGAGAAUGGCUUGAACCCAGGAGGUGCAGGUUGCAGUGAGCCGAGAUCGUGCCAUCGCACUCCAGCCUGGGUAACAAGAGUGAAACUCUCAAAAAAAGAAACACCAGAGAGUUUUUACUAGAAUAUAAUUUGUAGAUGCAGUAAAUGUGAAGAAAUAUUUAGGCUAAAAUUAAGACUAUGUAAACAUCAGAGGAUUUACAGUAGAAAGAACUAAGGAACUAACACUUCAGACUUUAAAAUCAGAGUAUUAAGUAUAACAAAAGUUGAACCUGUUAGAAAAGUUCUUUGUAUAUAAGUUGAAAAGUAGGUUUUUGAAGAGAUAUAUUCAAAGUAUAUUUUUUUCACUUGACAAAAGUAAAAAUUUUUUUGAAAAGCAAAUAAUUCAACUCUAAAAUUAUACUAUUUCAACAUUCUCAUUUAUGUGAAAGCAUGUGAUGAAUUGUUGCUGCAUCAGAGAUAUGAGAAAUUCCUUUGCAUUAGGUGGGCAUUAUUCAUACACUUCUACAUGAAAGAGAAAUGAAAGAUGCAUCAGGAAAAUCUGAGCAGAGAGGCUUUUAGUGGUUGACUUAUUGAGUGAUGCCUGAAGUAGGUGUUCAGAGUAAUACUUUGCGUUAUACUGAGAGAGAAUCUGAAUUUUAGUAGUAAAUUGUUUUGCCAACUGUACAUGUAUGUAAUAAAUGUAAUAAAAUGCAGCAAAUUUAAAAAUUAUCUUAAGAUCAUAUGUGAACUUAAUUUUUGAAAUAAAAAUUGUUAUUGUGUUAAAA